UUAUUUCCCCGUGCUGUCUGGCCUGUCUUCUUGUAUUAACACGUCACCUUCUUCGCCGGUUAGGAAGAUUUUCAAGGGACCAAUGAAUCCUUUCAGUUUCGGGCGUUAAUCAUCCUGCUUUUUCUCUGGUCUCUCCUCUCUCCGUCCCGUUAAAACCCACGGACGACCUUUGUGAUCUUGACAUACGAAACCCAUCGCUUGCCAUUUUUUCUCUGCUCGCAUGUCGACUGGAUUCGACGGUCGACAACGCCAAGGCAUUCGGUCUUAUUUCCAUUUCAACUACUCCGGUACUCGCAAACGCUCCACGUCGCGCGCUGCUGAUUUCGCAGCCGCACCGUUUGGUAACUUGGACAAGUCGCCGGACAAGACCUCCCGCGGUCCCUUUUCGCCCGUCAUGGCUCAAACACAGCGGACACGAUAUCUAAAGACAGGCGCCAUAGUCGGCCUUCUAUUACUGGUGAUUUUGUGGCUUUCUCCAUCGAAGCCCGGAGUGGGUGGCUUUAAGCAAGAGCAACAACCCUCCGCCAUUUCUGGGUCGCAGAAAUGCACGAAGCCCUACGAUUCGUCGAAACCGUUGAUUCAAUAUGCGCUGAUGAUUGACGCUGGAAGCACUGGUUCUCGAAUCCACGUGUACCGAUUUAACAACUGCGGUCCUACUCCGGAGCUCGAGGAUGAACAAUUCAAGAUGACUGAGAAGAAACAAGGCGGCUCCGGGCUAAGCUCCUACAAGGACGACCCGGAGGCGGCAGCUAGGAGUCUUGAUCCGCUCAUGGAAGUUGCUAUGGCACAUGUCCCCGAUGAGUACAAAUCAUGCUCUCCAAUCGCCGUAAAGGCUACUGCUGGUCUGCGAAUGGUCGGUCCUGAGAUGAGUGAGAAGAUCCUGGAGGCCGUGAGACACCGUCUUGAAACCGAAUAUCCGUUCCCUGUUGUCUCGAAAGAGAAGGGGGGCGUGGAGAUCAUGGACGGUGCGCAAGAAGGUGUUUAUGCGUGGAUUACGACCAACUACCUCCUCGGAAAGAUCGGUGGACCCGAUGAGACUCCUACUGCUGCUGUCUUUGACUUAGGUGGUGGCUCUACUCAAAUUGUCUUCCAGCCAACGUUUGAGAAGAGCAAGGCUGGUGGUAUGCCGGAAAAGCUGGCCGAAGGCGAUCACAAAUACGAUCUUGAUUUUGGCGGACGUCACUUUGAGCUGUAUCAGCACUCCCACCUAGGAUAUGGUCUUAUGGCAGCCCGCGAAGCUAUCCAUAUGACAGUGGUCGAAUCCAAGUUGGCACUCAGCCCCAUGGACUUGUCUUGGGUAGCACAGCCUAUCACGAACCCAUGCAUUGGCCCUGGAAUGGAACGCCAGGUAAAUCUAACUUUCCCGGAUGGGCACGCGCUAGCUCCGAAAGUCUCCGUUACGAUGGUCGGAUCAAACGAAGCAUCUGCAGCUGUACAAUGUCGUGGGCUCGCAGAGAAGAUCCUGAAGAAGGACGCUGACUGCAAACUGUCUCCUUGCUCUUUCAAUGGUGUUCAUCAACCCUCCUUGGAGAAAACCUUCGCAAAGGAGGAUGUGUAUAUCUUCUCCUAUUUCUACGACCGGACGCAGCCUCUGGGCAUGCCUGAUUCUUUUACUGUGGAUGAGUUACACAAACUCACAACUACUGUUUGCGGUGGUGAAGAGAGUUGGAAAGUAUUUGAGGGGGUUAAAGAUGCCCUGAAGGAGCUUCGUGAUCGCCCUGAGUGGUGUUUGGAUCUUAACUUCAUGCUUGGUCUAUUGCAUACGGGGUAUGAGAUGCCAUUGUCUCGGGAAGUUAAGAUUGCGAAGAAGAUCAAGGGUAAUGAACUGGGCUGGUGUCUUGGUGCAAGCUUGCCUCUUUUGAGCCAGGAGUCCGGUUGGACCUGCCGUGUCAAGGAAGUCUCGUAAUGGUGAUUGAUGUUUUAAAAAAUAAUGUUUUAAUCUGCCGAAGACAUGUCUGUUUUUUUAUGCAUAUACUUCGUCUUUUUCUUUCCUCUCUUAUUCUUUUCCGCUAUAGACUUUUGGGCCAUGGACGGCUGGUCUGUAUACUUAAAUGUUCUUUUCUUUCACUGUUCAUUGUCCCCUUACAUUCUUGUCCUUUUUCCCUUCUUUCGGUUCUCGUCAACAGACUACCUAGAAGGCCCACUGUGGAUGGGCUAAAGCCCCUUAAUAAUAUUGCAAGACGGUCGCAGACUAAACGAGAAAAGAGAGAAAAAGAAUAUAUAUAUAUACCUUUCCACGAAGGUUCUUCAUAAGAUA